ACUAGUUUGGAAGGUUUAUUUAUUUAUUUUUAAGUAAACUGCUUAAUGGUUAUGAGUUAAGAGUCACCUUCUUUUUAGCUACAAUUCUGCUGAAGAACCAGCCUGCUAAAAUGACUAGCCUGUUAUUUACAGGAGUGGCAUUGCUCUUUGCAAUAUUUGUCAGAGCAGAUGUACAGACCAACACUUUUCCAGUAGGUGUCUUAACAGCUGAAUGCCGUCUUCGGCACUUCUGGAUGUUAAUCCAUAAAGACUUCUUGCCUGAGAAAUGGGAACUGCAAGUUUUUGAUCCUGCUGAAAAGAUGUACGUAGUGAUAACUACAGCACUUGCAACACAAUGUGGAUACACCAUUUCCCAGGAUGCCUUUCAGAAUGUGGAAAUCAGGAUCUCUUUUCUAGCUUGCCUAGUGCAAAAUGAGAAUGAUUAUCGAUUUACUCUGCAUGCACAAAUAAAUGCAAUGCACCAUGAUGGCAAGUCAAGUCAUUUGUUGGUGCUAAAAUGUGACCUGGGAACAACUUGGAAAACCAGAGAGAUUGUAUGUGAAGAAAACUACAUGGAGGUUUCAGUAAAGCGACAAUUACCGGACUUCCAAGAUGAUGCUGAACAGGACUGGUAUGAAACCAUCCCUUUGGCACAACUAGCGCAAUCCCAAGUCUGGCAGGUUGUGUUUCAUUACCCAGACACUAAGCCUACUGAAAUUAUUCCUGCUUUGGAUGUGCAGAAAAUGGGCUACACUGUCAACACUACAGGAACAAGAGUAUUCUUGAGGGCACCCUAUGGUCAAAACCAGUCCUAUGUUGAGAUGGUGGAAGGAAUUCCUAUAGAAAUGGUACGUGCCACAGUACUUUACCGACAGAUGUGGAUGGUAAUCUUGGUUGAUGCUGCCCUCGGCUGCUCAAUCAAUACUGCAACAUUUUCCAACACUACUCUUACUUGGAUGCAACCCAGAGUCCUCUAUCCUCUAAUCCCAGAGUUUGUCCAGGACAACAGAAGCAUUAGCAUUGGUGGAACCUUACUGGACAAUGACGUAAUCUUGCAGAGAGGUUACUUUCUGCAAUUGAACAGGACUGUCUAUGCACUGACCAUUCCCCUUGGGGCAGAAGGAGGCUAUUUAAAGAGUGAUGUGGUGGACAAUGUGUAUGGAAUUACCUACACUAUUAAUGUAGUAAAGAUGGACAACUGGAUGGACAGUCAUAAGGAUGUAACGGAGCACCGCCUCUUCAGGCUGAUAAAAACACCCUUUCUGCCACAGGCUCCUGUCUUCAUCAACAACACUGAUCCUUCAAUGAGGACCUUCAAUAUAACCCUUGGAAACUUCCUGACUGACGUAGAGCUCACUCUCCUUACUAUAAAGAAGAUGCCACUGACCCCAGGUGAAGCAAUAAACAGAGGUUAUGUACUGUCAGAGGUGCCAAGCCCAACCAAUACCAAAGAAUUUGUACUUCAGAUUCCAUUUUCCGAUGGCCUAGUUAAGCAAAAGUAUGUUGGUGGAACAACCCGAAGAUACACAUUGCAGCUUACCUACACACUGAACAUUGUGCCAGAAAACAAACUGUUUACGUAUCCAGUCACAGUAGAAUGUGACCUGGAAGAUGUUGUGUUGCCUGUUGCCAAAGGAUACUGCAGCAAUGAGAAGCUGAUCUUGGCUGUUACUCAUGGAAACAUGGACAGUUUUUGGGCCCCUUACAUUGAAGACCAAGAGCUAACACCAUGGCUAGCUACUCAAAGAAACUACAUGACCUAUGAAAAUGGCACCCACUUCUUGUUGGAAUUACCACUAUUUUCACCAGGUGUGACCUACCAGGACAUUACUUUGUACAAUGUGACUGCAAGACUUGAUUUGACACUACGGGACAUUGCUAGCCUGGAGGAGAGGAUUACAUUCUCUGUGACCUGUACAUUUCUGGCUAACCAGGUUUUGGUAUGUUUUUCCAAUGGAACCAUUACGGCCACAGUGUUGGGCAAUGUGACUGUACCACCUAUAAAUCCACAGAAGACUAGACUGAGGGAUGGCACCUGCACUCCAACACACUCUGACAGUCAGAGGGCUCUGUUUCACUUCUCUGUUACAUCAUGUGGGACCACUGUAAAGAUCGACUCUAGGUACAUAAACUAUGAAAACGAAAUAUCUUUGAAAAGAGAACUGAUUCCACUCUCCAGUCCUGUGAUUACCAGAGAGACUGAGUACAGUUUAACUCUCAUUUGCAGAUACCCAGUCAAUGACACCAAAUUUGUACAUGCUGACCUCCACAGCAAUUCCUUUAGUGUGUCCAGACAUGCCAAGGACUCUGUUAUUGGACAGAUUAAAGUUGGUCGCAAGCUACGCAGACAGGUGUCGAGGCUUCAUUCUUCAGCAGAAGAUGGGAAUCUUGACACCAUUUUCUUGGAUGCAGUAAAUCCUCACUACAUGAAAUCCUCUGGUAAGUGCAUCUUCUUGGAUACAGGAGACCUGGUGAAGAAAUCCAUGCGACACUGGUUUGGUUUCUGCCAGUAGGAUUGCUGGUUGUCUUUCAAAUACUUGUGUGUUAAUUUAACUAUCUGCAGCACUCUGCAUAUUUAGAAUGAAACAAAAUAAAAUUGUAACAAAAUGCA